AUGCCAUUUUUUUUUCUUUCUUUCCUUCCGUCUUUCUUUCUUUCUUUCGCAAUUGUCCUUUUUUCCUUUCUUUCUUUCGCAACCGUCUUUCUUUCUUUCUUACUUUCUUGUUUUCGCAACUGUCCUUUUUUCUUACUUUCUUUUGCAACUAUCUUUCUGUCUUUUUCCUUUCGUUCUUUCGCAACCAUCUGUCUUUCUUUCGCAACCGUCUUUCAUUCUUUCUUUCUUUCUUUCGCAACUGUCUUUAUAAGAUCUACCCUCAUAUUCAAUUGUUCCACCCUAAUAUCUAUUAUAGCAUUAUUCUUCAUACCCAAUUCCUCCAACCUCAUGUACUUUCUUGGAUCAACCUUCAUAUUCAGUUCUUCUGACCUUAUAUCUAUUCUAAGAUUAUUACUUUCUUAUUUUCAUUCUUUAUUUCUUUCUUCCUUUCUUUCAUUUUUUAUUUCUUUCUCCCUUUCUUUCAUUCAUUAUUUCUUUCUCCCUUUCUUUCUUCCUUCCUUCCUUCCUUUCUUUAUUCUUUCUUCGACCUAUCAAUGUAUAUUGCUUAACUUAUCUAUCUAUCUAUUUAUCUAUCUAUCUGUCUCAGUCUGUUCAUAUCUAUCUAUCUAUCUAUCUAUCUCAGUCACCUUCUAUCUACGUCACUGUUUCUUUCUAUCUAGAUUAAUUCCCUUCUAUCUAUAUCACUCUUUAUAUCUACCUGAUUGUUCAUUUCUAUCUAGCUAUCUAUCUAUCUAUCUACUUCUAUGUAUAUUUCAAUUUCUCUCUAUUUACCUCACUGCUCCUAUUUAUCUAUCUCAGUUCUCUUUUCUCUACCUCACUGUUUCUAUCUAUCUAUCUAUCUAUCUAUCUAUCUCAGAUCCCUUCUACCUACAUCACUUUUCCUACAUAUCUGUCUCAGUCACCUUCUAUUUCCCUUCUGUCUCCCUCACUCUACGUAUCUAUCUAUCUACCUCACUGUUCAUUUCCAUCCAUCUAUCUAUCUAUAUUAGUUCCCUUCUGCCUCCCUCACUCUAUAUAUCUAUCUAUCUACCUCAUUGUUCAUUUCCAUCUAUCUAUCUAUCUAUCUUAGUGCCCUUCUGUCUCCCUCACUACAUAUCUAUCUAUCUAUCUAUCUAUCGCACUGUUCAUUUCCAUCUAUCUAUCUAUCUAUCUGUUCAUUUCCAUCUAUCUAUCUAUCUAUCUAUCUAUCUGUUCAUUUCCAUCUAUCUAUCUAUCUAUCUUUCCAUCUAUCUAUCUAUCUCACUGUUCAUUUCAUUUCCAUCUCACUGUUCAUUUCCAUCUAUCUAUCUAUCUCACUGUUCAUUUCCAUCUAUCUAUCUAUCUAUCUCACUGUUCAUUUCCAUCUAUCUAUCUAUCUAUCUAUCUAUCUAUCUAUCUCACUGUUCAUUUCCAUCUAUCUAUCUAUCUCACUGUUCAUUUCCAUCUAUCUAUCUAUCUAUCUAUGUAUUACAGAACACGGUAUUUUUCUCUCCCAGUCAUUUUGUUUAUUUUACUCCAUUAAUUUAUGCAGUUCUUGCUUUCUUUCUUUUACAGGAUGGAAUGAUUUUUCCAGUGCCUUCCUUCCUACCUGAACUUCUUUUCUCUCUUAUUUUUUUCCUUUCUUUUUUUAAAAAUUGGCACUUGGUAAUUUUCUUCACUUCCUUUUCUUUCCUGCAAUUUCUCUCAAUGGUUCUACGAUUUUUCCUUUAUCGGCACGCUUUUUCUUUUUUCUUUUUUUCUCUUUUUCUCCUAUUUUCUUUCUUUUAUAAGAUAGUCUGUUUUUUUUUUAUUCCUUUCCUUUAUCUUUUUUUUUACUUUUCUUUUUUUUUACAAAUCGUUCAUUUGUUUCCUGCUCUUUCUCUCUAUGCUCUUUCUUUCUUCCUAUCUAUUUUGUGGGAUUUUUCCUUUUCAGGUUUUUAUUCAUUUUUUUUUUUUUUUUUUUUUUUUAAAUCAUUUUAUAAUUUUUGGGUGGUUCUAUUUUUGUUUGCCGCUUUUAUUCUUAAUACUGCUUCCGGUUUCUUUGAAGCCAUUCUUUCUUCAUUUCUCAAGAUGCAUGUAUUUCUUUUUAUAAUUUCAUUUUCUUCUUUUCAUACAUUUUUUUUUCUCUUUCUUUUCAGUAUAAAGCUCACCACAACACCCGCCAUCAUCUUUUUAAUUUUUUAUCUCUUUUAUUCUUUGCUUAUUUUUCCUCUUCCUUUUCUUUUUGUUUUUUUUCUUUUCUUUCUGAUAUUCCAUCUUUCUAUUUCCUCUCUGAAGGUCUUUUUUCUUUUUCUAAAUGUACACCCUCUCUUAUUCCAAUCUAACCCACUCUUAUUCCACACUACCGCCUCUUAUUCCAAUCUAACCCUACUAUUCCAACACAACACUCUCUUAUUCCAAUCACACCCACACUCAUUCCAACACAACCCUCUCACAUUCAAAUCUAACCUCUCUUUAUUCCAACGUAACCGUCUAUUAUUCCAUAUGGUCCCCAAAGGAAGAUUCCAAUUAACCCUUCUCUAUUCCACUUUCCCCUCUCUUAUUCCAAUUUUUCCCCUUUUAUUCCAACCUAACCCUUUUUAUUCAACUCUAUUGUCCCAAGCUUAUUCCAAUCUAACUCUCUUUUUCCAACGUAACUUGUCUCUUAUUCCAAUUUUCCCCCUCUCUUAUUCCAACUGUUACUUAUUCCAAUUUAACUUUCUAUAA